AUGUCCCAGAUGACCAUCAACGAUGAUUCUUUCAGAACCGAGCUCCGAAAUACCAAAGUGCUUGAGGGACCGUUUCCAGACCUAGACUUUGACAAGUUCCCCGAAAUACCUCACGAUGCCUUCAAGCUGUGGUUCCACGAAGCGGUCGCAGCUGGGGUCAGAGAGCCCCAUGCAAUGACUCUUUCCACGGUUGACGAUCAAGGCCACCCAGACGCGCGAGUUCUGAUUCUGAAAAAUGUCGAUGCUCGUGGCUGGCAUUUCGCCGUGAAAUCCGACAGCCCCAAAGGAAAACAAUUAGCAGGUAAUGGACAUGCUGCUUUAACCUUUUACUGGCCUCAGCUUGCCCGACAAAUUCGUCUGAAAGGAAGAGCCAUCGAACUUCCCGAAGCAGAGAGUGCUCUUGACUACCAAGCUCGGCCUAUUGAAUCAAGAAUUAGUGCAGUAGCCUCGGACCAAAGUGAAGUCCUUUUCGACCGUGAUACGCUGAUUCGGAAUCUUGCCGAGACCAAGUUGAAGAUGUCGAAAGAUGCAAUGUCAGGCGUGGAGAAAUGGAGAGUCUAUACAGUUGCACCUGAUACGGUGGAAUUCUGGCAGGGAGAGGCUAGUCGUCUUCACAACCGGCUUCAGUAUACAUACAACGAGGGUGAAGAUAAAUGGCAGAAGAACUUGCUCUGGCCUUGA